CAUCCUUGUCUUUCGUCUUAAGAACGUCAUUCUAGUAGUUUGCAGAGGAGAAAUAUGACCGCGAUGGAAACUGUACACGGGGGAUUGUGUUAAGAGUGGCAAAACCUUCGGUGUUUGUAGUGGGAAAAAAUAAUAAAUGUUGAUCUGGCAUUUUUAUUAAUUAGCCACGUAAAAGCUCUGUAACAACUGCAAACCGUCCGGACAUUGUUAACAAGAUAAUUUAAUAAUCGAGUGCUAAAGUAUCGAGUGUGUACAAGACAAAAAUUUGUAUAUACGCAAAACGAUUGUCGAAAUCGCGAUAUUCAUUGACCAGAACAUUGAUGAAGGUUGAUACACUGAUAAAAAUUAUUAUGUCACAUUGCCUAUUCGCUAUUAGCCAAAAAGUGACUGGACACUAAUCAGUUUCGGCUCGUGACAUGUAUCGGAGAUGCAUUUAUAUCUAUAUUCAUCGAUUUCAUUGUUUACAUUUACAAAGUGUGAGAACGAGUAUUAAAUAAAAUCUGCAAACGCAUAUGUUUAUCGAUAUCAAUGUGCACGCCUUUAACUCCCGACAUCGUACAAUUCUUUUGAAACUAAAAAGGAUAUAUAAAUGUUUUAUUAUGUCUCGGCACCUUCUAUUAGUGAUAAAAAAUCAGACACUGAACAUUUGAACAUAGCUUGCUAGGAAAUGCUGUUGUAAACAGUCGUACGAUAUUGAAGAUCCUGCCGUACUUGAAUCGCUGUAUCAUGGUGCUUUAUUAGUGUGCAUAUCACGCCUGUGUAAGAUCCUUAGGACGCCAUAAAUAAUAUAUCGCGCCAAUACAUUGCUUGUAUAAAAAUAACUUAUCUGAGUUUAUCAAAGGAAGCUUCAUGAGCUGCUGUCCAUUCAUGAAACACACAGCUGUCCGAGAGGCCGGCUGUAGCAAGUGCAUGUAAGUAAGCAAAGCAUACACACAUCAGACGCUACACCUUUUAACGGGCGACUGCGCAGUAGACAAUUCAGCCAGCUAUGUGGCCGUGUACCUCGCACAAGCAUACCAGGCAUUUCUCCGUCUUUGUAUCGCCGUUGGUGUUGUGCGUCUCUUUACCCUUCAGCAGACGCGUGUAUCUCUCUUUCUUUAUCAUCGCUUUCUCCUGUAUAUUUCUUCUCGCUCUUGUGGCAAACGCUUGAUGGUACGCCAAUACUCAGGGACGUAUGACGCGGCGCGUAUAACAAACUCUUCGAAUUGAAUAUUAUCUCAAAACAAAACAACUUCUAUUUCGUGCAUCGUAAACGCUACGCUUAAUCGUUCCACGUAGAUUAUAAUGUAUUAAAAAGUUCACACACGAAAAAUAAAGCAUUUGUCAGUGUUAUCUAUUCACUAGUAUUCACGACAAAAGUUCUUCGUAAAAAUCCAUUUAUCUAUUCAAUUCAGUUAUAAACAGAAAAUUGUUGGAAAUCGUGAUACGAUUCGAAUCGAUCGAAUCGUUUGAAAUUAUAGUUUUUAAACGUCUCACGAGGAUGGUGGUAUAUCGGCCGAGGGAAUUCUCGCAGAAACAUAAACGACGAAAGAAAGAAACGGCAUGUUGGUAGGCCGUAGCCGCGGGCACCCGCAUAGUAUACGUAUUAUUUCGUCCCUGGUAGUGCUGCCGGCUGUGGAUGCAGGCGAGAACGUGCGCAGCUGUAAAACGUGAGUCGCUGCGCUCCGCAGCUGAUGCAGUUCGUUGUUGUCCGUGUUUGUAUUUGUUUGGAAAAAUGCGACAGAACACCAACGAAUUUCGACAGUAUUAUUACUGCCAUUUGAACGGACUAGGCACGACACGGCUAGGGGAGAGGAUGGUUAGUAUGAGCUCUAUGCUCGUGGAAACAGUUAGUAUAAACUAUGAAGAUUUUAAUGAAAGUUUUUUAACAUGUGGCACAUGUCUUUGUGUUUAUGAUGGUGGAGAACAUACUCCCAAAUUAUUACCAUGCUCACAUACGGUAUGUUUACACUGCUUAACAAGAAUUGCUGCGUCUCAGACUCGCGAGACCGGUGCCUUUCGAUGUCCUAUUUGCAGAGAAUUAAUAACAAUUCCUCGUGGUGGAGUAGCUGCUUUACCACCUAGUUUCCUAGUGAACCAAUUACUUGAUCUCAUGUCCAGACAAAGACGGGAGGUUAUUCCAAAAUGUUCAGUCCACAUAAAUCAAGAAUUGUUAUUUUGUGAAACAUGUGAUACAGUGUUUUGUACAGUAUGUACAGGUGGUAAUCAUGCAGGAACAUCUCCAGGAUGUACUGAGCAUACUAUCAUACCAUUUAGUAUUGCAAUAAAGAGGAUGUCUGAGAUCUUGCUCUACAAAGCUAAUGAAUGUAUAUCCAAGUUAACACAAGCUCAAGAUUCUGUGAAUACAGAAUUACAACGUUUGGAAGCUUCAACAGAGAGGUGUUUGAGUACCGUAGAUACUGAAUUUGCUGAAAUUAUAUCAAAAAUUGAAAGGAGACGUUCGGAAUUACAAGCAGCUGUUAUUGCUGCUGCAAGAGAUAAGAAACAUGUGUUAGAGGAACAACAUGCUUUGAUAGAAGCUGAAAAAAAUAAAGUGCAACGAGAAUGUGAAGGCUUACAAUAUCAGGUUGAAGUUCGAAAUAUUACACAAAGAAUUGGUAGUCUAUCUGACCAACUCGAUGCGGCAUCAGCACUUAGUGAACCUAAAGAAAAUGCUUUUAUAACUUUUGAAUUUAAUCACAAUAAUGCUCUUUCUCAAUUAGAGGAAGCUCUUAGUAACUUGGGAAGAGUACGUUCUAGUACAACAUUGCCAGGCUUAUGCAGAGCCCGGUUAAAAGACCCCGCCAUAGCGAAACUGCAAGCAGCUGUAAUAGUAGAAACUAUUGACUAUCAUGGACAUCCUAGAAAUGUUGGAGGAGAUCUUAUUACUGCAGAAUUAACCUUAGCAGAUAGUAUCCAUUCAGAAAACCAAAGUUCCAAUAUUGAUACUGAAAUUAUAGAUUUAGAAAAUGGUACAUACGAAGUAUUGUUCCGACCCCCAUCUGCAAGCCGCUAUAUCUUAAAGUUGUCAGUUUUCGAGCGGCCUAUUAAAGAUUAUCCUUUAUUUUUUGAUGCAACUGAACAUAAUGAACCUAUUAAAAUAUAUGGAAGACGAGGUAUUGGGAAAGACGAAUUUCAUCAACCAGUUGCAGUUGCUGUUGAUGAUGAUGGCAUGAUAUAUAUUUUAGACACUGGAAAUUCACGUAUAAAGGUACUCAAUUGUGAUUUGGAAUUUCAAAGGCAUAUAACUAACGAAGGUCUUGAAGGACGUAGUUGUACAGGAAUUGGUAUUUCUCAACAAGGUAUUGUUGUUGUCAAUUGGAGAACAAGAAAAGUAACUGAAAUGAGUUCUCUAGGAGACACUAUUAAAUCUUUUUCCCAUAAUGCAUUUCAAGAACCCAUUGAUGUUGCAGUAGAUAGAAGUUAUGGUCAUAUACUUGUUGCAGAUAAUGGUCAAAGUUGCGUUUUUGUAUUUGAUUCUGAUGGCAAAAUCCUCUUUCAGGUUGGAAAAAGAAGUACAUUCAAAUUGAUUACUUCUGUAACUGUUGGACCUAAUGGUGAAAUUGUAGUUGCUGAUAGUCGUAUACAAGUAUUUUCCGCUAAAGGAGAUUUUUCUGAGGAAAUUUAUUCAGAAGGCAAAGGAAGAGGUACUUAUGGAGGCCUUGCUGUUGAUGCAGAAGGCAGAAUACUUGGAACUCGCACCGAUAAAGGUCGCAGUAUAAUUCAAGUUUUAAAGUUAGGAGGAGGUAAUAUUUUAACUGAAAUUGAUUCGCAUAGUUCAAAACUACGACGUCCUUCAGGUAUUGCGGUACUACCUGACAAUCACUUAGUAGUUGUAGACUUGGGAAAUGAUUGUAUAAAAAAAUAUAGAUACUGGUAAAAACAGUUGAAUUUCAAGUAUCAAAUUUGUUGUAUGUCCAACAAAAUUAAUUCAUCCAUCGCAGACAUAUACCAAAUAUAUAUUUAAUGUAGCUUAAAUUAUUUGCUUCUCUAAAAGACUUUUUUUUUUUAAUAAUUUUAUGUAUCAGUUUAAUAUCUACAUUUCUUAAGUUUUUCAUCUACUGUCUUUUAAAGUUACAGAGUUGGAUCAAUCAAAAUAAUUUCUUUGAUAUAAAAUAUUGGUGAUAUUUAAUAAUAUAAGUGUUACAUAUCAAUCUAUGUGUGUAAUACUCGUAUGAAAUAAUAUUAAUUUAUUUAUAUUUUAGAUUUUACCACGUAAGUUGUUUUCCUAGAAUAAAACAGACUUGAUUAGCAUAAUGCAAUUUAUAGUGUUUCGUGUCAUAUUUACUAAUUUAAUUUUUUAAACUAAAAAGUAAUAGAUGUGAUUCUUUUCUUUUUUUUUAGUUUUUGAUGUUUACCUUAAUUGAUGUUGAGAUAUAUUGUUAUACAUAUUUUACACUGCCAUAGUCUAAAUUCAUAACAGUUAUCAUCAGAAUCCAUUUAUUUCAUAGAAAUGUAUGUGUAUAAAUGUAAUAGUAGAUUAUUGAAAUUUAUAUUUAAAGAAUUUUAUUUACGGCAAGAUAAUUUAAACGUUAAACGAAAGAAUUCCGCUUAUUCACAAGACUUGAGAUAUUGUAGAAAUUUUUGAAUAGACAUCUUUUAUGUCCUAUAUUUGAUUCUGUUUAAAAAAGCAGAUCAUUUAUAUUUAUUAAUGCCAUUAGUGUUGAAUGAAAAAUAACAAAAACUAAUAAUUUUACAACUAGUGAAAAAUGAUUUUGUAAUUAUUUUUGACAAGUAACAAAGACGACGCUCAUCAUAAGAUCAAAGUGUGUAAUAAAACUAAUAUCCAAUAUUUUCUUCGAUAAAAAUUCGAAAAAUAUUUUUAUAUAAUUUACCAAAGGAACUUUCCCGUUAAUUUCUUUUUUUUUCUUUCUUUUAUUUAUAAGUGAUAUUUCUUUCAUUUCCAUUGAAUCCGUCUUACAUUCUAUAUGUCUUUUUUAUGGCAUUCUAGUUUGUUGUAAUAAGAGUAAAAUCUUAUUUUGUGAAUAUUAAAUUAAUGAAAAGUAUUUACAUGUUAUCCUUUUAUACUUAAAAAUAUGUAAGUGCUUUGUAUGAAAAUGUCUUAAAGGCAAUAUCAUUAUGAAAAAUUAUUUUAAACCAGUUACAUUUAGUAUGUUUAACACAGUAUUUAACUCAUUUAUUUUAUACAGAUUUAUUAAUUAUUCUCGAUGAACAUUAUAAUCCAUUUAGUUUUUAUUAUCAUUGAUAAAGCAUUUCCUACUCUGAUUUACAUACUCAUUAAAAAUUUUAAUUUAGAAAUACAUGGCUUUUUUAUGAAUCCAUAUAAGAAAUAAUUAGUGUAUUAUAAGUAAAUAAGAAAAUAAAAAUAAAUUAAGAUGCAUGCCAAUAUUUUUCCAGUAUUAUUAAAAAUUGAAACAAUAUACUUUAUUUGUAUAAACUUAUCUUAAAUUUUGUAUAAAAUAUAAAAUUAUGAAUAUAUAUAAUUUAUUUAUAUAUAUGUAAAUUAUUGCUAUUGCUAUUAUUACUAGCAAUAAUUUACACAUUUAUAAAUGAUAGAUAUCACUUUCAUGAUAUUAUACUUGCUACAAAUAAUUGGCGUAUCCAUUUUUUUUUUUAUUCACAAAAAUAUUUGAACAGUACUUAAAAUUUUGAACUUUGAAUAAAUUUGUAAUAAAAGUGAUUAAAGUGAUAGAAAAAUGCUAAAGAAAAGAUUUAGCUGAAAGUUCAUGAAAUCUUAUUUGCUUAAAAUCUUUAAAGCUUAAAAUUUAAUCUUAUUUUAGCUCUUAUAUCAUAUUCAUUAUGUUUAAUAUUUUGCAGUCCUUUUCAUCGCUAUUAGUAAUUAAAGAAAGAAGUAAUAACAUGUGUAGACUAAGUAUGGACUGAUGUAUGAAUUAAAACACGUCAGUGUUGUGUUCAGUUACUAAGAAACAAACUAGUAUAAUUAAUAUAAUAAUAAUAAUAUUGUUAUAACAGAUAAAUAUCUGUAUUAUGUAUAACAUUUCACUAUUUCAUGUUUGUCAAUUUGAUCAUUAUACUUGUAUUUUUCACAUCAUUUUGUAAUUCUGUUAUCCUUAAUACUGCUUUAAGUUUCUGUUAAUCAAAGUAUAUAAUUUCCAACAACUGGUGCAUACAUAAAAUGUACAAAAUAUUUACUCUUUUAUUAUUAUUUAAAUAUAUUUUUUGUUUUACAAUUAGCAUUAGCAUACUAUCGUAAUACAAAAUUUCUUUGUGAAUUUGACAUAAUUAUUUUUGGAAUUGAUGUACAGCAUUCCUAAAACUAUUUUGCAGUAUGAUUCAGCAUUAUUUACAAAAAUUGUAUACAUAUGCAUACAUAUUUUAUAUGUAUGAAUAUUUAUACAUAUAGGAGGGUAUAAUUAAUUACAAGUACAUUAUGUCAUUAGCCUUUAGCGAGAAGCAUGGCAGUGCCUUUAUUAAACAAAUUUCCAUGCAAAUACAUGUUACAACAUAAAAUUUUAAUUUUAAUACUUUUAUGCUGACAACAUAUGACAAGUGACUUAAAGCUUAAUAGUUUAAGUUGGAUCAUAGAUUCAAUAUGCUUAUGCAUAUAUUUAGAUCAUAAUUUUAUUGUCUUCUUAAGUUAAAUAUCAAAAUAAUAAUUUUAUAGUUCUUAUUGUGUUUUAAGUGCAAGACAUAAAUAAUAUAUGCAAGUUAAUGCCUGCACAUACAUAUACACAUUUGCUUUACCUUUAUUUUCACAUUUACAGAUGCAACACAUGAAAGAAGCCUUAUGCCAGGUCAAAAUAUGUUUAGAAUAUUUACUUUUUAUUUUCGCAUUUACUAAUGUACUAAAAGUUUUGACUGAUGUUUAAAAGUUUUGGAAUCUUGGAUAUUAUUUAAUCUAGUCAUAUGUUAUCAAUAGUAACACUUAAAAAAACAAUGUAAUGAAACUGCAUAGUAUAAUGUAUAAUAUAUUGUAAAUAAAUAUACGAGCUUAAUUCA